AGCCCGGUGUUAUGUUGUAUAUCUAUCCAUGCCCAGUACAAAAGAUAAUGGGCCUCAACAAGAAGAGGUCAUCCCUGCAGGUGUUAUUCGGAAAAUUCGCUGCAGGUGGAAACAGGGGAUUGCGUUUCCAAGUGGCCCUUUUGAUUUUGUAUUGGAAUUAUCUUUUUUUUUUUUUUAGGUAAAAUGACUACACAUGAAGGAAGGUCUUUCCUUUCCCAAAUCCAUCCCAUCUGUUCAAGUUUGAACUGGCCAACAUAAAACCUCUAGCUUGCAACGGUGGCACAUCCGUAGGGAGGAUCAUUUAGAUGAUAAACAUCGCAGGUGUUGUUCAAUCAGACACAGGAAACCCAGUUGAAUUUGAUUCGAAGAAGUAGGAAAAGAGUGCCUCAGGCAUCAGUUUUGGAUCUUUUGCUGCUAGUUGGAUCUCAGCGACCAUUUUGUGCUUCACAUAAGUUUUUGAAGGCUUAUCUGCAAGUUAAAUGCGGUUUUAUGUAUAUGCUGUUGAUCAGAAUAUGUAGAAUAGAACACAUGAGAAAAAUGACAGACAGAAUAUGGCACCUGUGUGUAUUAAGAGGCCAAGGAUUCUAGUAUUUUUGGUUUCAAGUUCUGCUGUAGUUAUGGAGCUAUUCCUUGUUCCAGACACUGACUACACUACACAACCAGAGAAUCUCCCUGUAGAACUUGGUUACAUCAGAGAGGAUUUUAAUUUGUAACAGUAGGUGUUAUUCGGAAAAUUCGCUGCAGGUGGAAACAGGGGAUUGCGUUUCCAAGUGGCCCUUUUGAUUUUGUAUUGGAAUUAUCUUUUUUUUUUUUUUAGGUAAAAUGACUACACAUGAAGGAAGGUCUUUCCUUUCCCAAAUCCAUCCCAUCUGUUCAAGUUUGAACUGGCCAACAUAAAACCUCUAGCUUGCAACGGUGGCACAUCCGUAGGGAGGUGGGAAUUCUCUUUGCAAAAACUUUACUUCCUGCAUCCUGCUCUUUAGUGAUUUGCGUUUCUUUUGUUUUUGGAAUUGGGUGUCUUUGAACAGGAUCAUUUAGAUGAUAAACAUCGCAGGUGUUGUUCAAUCAGACACAGGAAACCCAGUUGAAUUUGAUUCGAAGAAGUAGGAAAAGAGUGCCUCAGGCAUCAGUUUUGGAUCUUUUGCUGCUAGUUGGAUCUCAGCGACCAUUUUGUGCUUCACAUAAGUUUUUGAAGGCUUAUCUGCAAGUUAAAUGCGGUUUUAUGUAUAUGCUGUUGAUCAGAAUAUGUAGAAUAGAACACAUGAGAAAAAUGACAGACAGAAUAUGGCACCUGUGUGUAUUAAGAGGCCAAGGAUUCUAGUAUUUUUGGUUUCAAGUUCUGCUGUAGUUAUGGAGCUAUUCCUUGUUCCAGACACUGACUACACUACACAACCAGAGAAUCUCCCUGUAGAACUUCGUUCUUCAGAGAGGAUUUUAAUUUGUAACAGUAGGUUCUGUAAUUUCUAAAAGAAUAGAAGCUAGAAGGAGCU